AUGUUUAAAUAAUGGUCAAAAAGGUUUAAACAGCUCGUAAUCAUAAUUCGGUAAUACAACCCUCUUUAUAAAGCUAUAAAGGCUUCCUGACUUAAGAUUGCAUGUUUCGGAUUCAUGAUUCGGUCAUAGGCUAGUAGGUGCUUGACGCAUAUUGUCGAGGUAAAGUAAAUAUAAACAUUGUCCGUUUAACUCAGGCGGGAUUUGAAUCUACGUAGCAUGUACGUUCAACUAAGCUGCGAUGAGACAAAAACAAAUGCAAUUAUAUUCACUAAGAACUCGGUUCGAGUAAAAUACUUUCAUCCAAAAAGACACAAUUCAAUUACUAUAAGCCUACCAAAGGGAGCUUAAACAAUGGUUAUAUUCUUAAAGGGAUUGGAGAUACCGGCGUGGACUUAUUGGGGCAAAGAUUAUCUUUUCAUAUGAGAUUUUCUAUUAAUACCAAAAACAUCUAUCGGUUUUUGUAUCCCUGUGUCUAAAGAAUAAUUUAAAUAAUACUCGUACAUAACAAAAUCAAUAUUUUAGUUAAAACUAGUUCAUAAAGUAAGAUUAAUAAGAUAUGUAUAAUAUAGCAAAACGUAUAACUAAUUUUGAGUUUAGGCAGUGUGAUUAUGAAGAAAUAAUUAAAAAAUCGAAGGAGAUAAGAAACCAGGACGACUAUCCCCUUCCACCGACUUCGAAGAUAUCGAGUUUAUAAUUUGCUAUGGAUUGGACAAUUGGACAAAAUAUGUUUAAUAAUAUUUAAUUAACUAAUUAGUUUUAGUGUGUCCGCUGCAAAGUAAACUGUACCAGGAAAAGGAAUGAAGAUAUAGCCCAUGCUAUAAAUGAAGUUAUAUAUAAAUAUCAAAAUUCAAAAUAAUGUAAUCACUUCCCUAUCGACUGUUGACUCGUGCAAGCAAUCAUGGAGCUGAGCUUUUCGUCCUGUUUUUUCCUGGUGUUAGCACUCCGCCUCGUCGAGUCUCGUCAAUUUCGCUACGAUUACAAGUUUAACCAAGAUAUCCAAGGUUGGAUCAAACUGCACCAAGUGCCGGCCACCUGGGCGGACGCGAGGCUGAGAUGUCAUCUUGAAGGUGCCAAUUUAGGCUCACCCCAAAAUCUCAAAUUCGUGACAGUACUAAAGAAUACGUUGAAGAACACUCAUGCUGAACGCACAGGAAUCUUCACGGGCAUCCAUGCGACAUUCUCGAACGGAGAUUUUCACUCUAUAGAAGGUAUUCCUUUAACAAAAAUGCCGCUACAAUGGAUGCCUUUCGAGCCUGAUAACGAAAACAAUAAUGAAAACUGUAUUGUGAUGCAUUCCAAUGGGACAAUCGCUGAUGUCAACUGCAACGAGGUGUUCCCCUACGUCUGCUACAGAAAGAAGUCUAAGAACGAGGUGCUAACUGAAUGCGGCACUGUUGAUAGGGAUUAUCAUCUGGACCCUCGGACUGGCAGCUGCUACAAGUUCCACUUCGUAGCCCGUAACUGGACUCGCGCUUUCAUGACAUGUGCCGCAGAGGGUGCCUAUCUGGCAAUCAUCAACAAUGAUGCCGAAGCUGAAAUCUUGAAGGAGCUGUUCGCGAAAUAUCCAGAUGCUGAAUUACGUUUUCCCAGUAUCAAGAAUAUCGCUUUCGUGGGUUUCCAAGACUGGGGUGAGCGAAAUGUCUGGACCACUAUACAUGGCCAAUCACUUCAAAUGGGUUUCAACACUUUCGAUGCUAACCAGCCAGACGGGAACUCUCCUUGGGAAUACUGUGGAGGUUUCUUCAGGUCAGGCAAGUUAGAUGACUCCUGGUGCGGCCACAGCAUGGCUUUCAUAUGCGAAAAGUCGAUAGAUAGCCUGUUGGACGAAAAUGAAUAAUUUUCCUGAAAUUAUAAUAUAUUUUCAGUAAUUAUAUCUUUUGUUUAAA